AUGUCACAACUAGGCGAGUUGAUCAGAAGGGAAGACGACUGGACUGGGACCAAGGAUGCUGCAGCACGUAGACGAGCACAGACGAGACUCAACACGAGAGCGUACCGAAAACGCAAAGCCCUGGAAAAGAAGGCCCACGCAUCCAGUUCUACGACCAAGACGCUGAUCGAGCCAGAAGCGGCGGUGGAAUGCUGGGACGUUGAGAAACAAUCCGCUUCUAUCGUUCCAGCAUCCCGUAUGAAGCAACUAUACAAUGCGAGAAGUCCCCUAUUAAAAAAACCCCGCAAAAAGGCUUCUUGGGGAACUUUCUUCCCGCUCUGUCCAGACCACCUCAUCACCCUCCUGCAAUACAAUGUCCUACGUGCUCUGGCUGUCAAUCGCACCCUCAUCUCUGGCACCCUCGUCACGCCACUCGACUGCAACGAGGAAGUCAUCCACGUCAUCACUUACCCUUCCCAGCCCAAAGUGCUUCCCCCAACGUUGCUGCCCACCGCUGUUCAGCAAACGGUGCCGCAUGGGGACUGGAGUGACAUGUUCCCGUGCCCCAAGGCACGAGACAACCUGAUCCGGGCCGCCGACACGUUUGACGAGGACGAGUUGUGGGCCGACUGCAUCGGCGGGCUAUUCGAGGGUUUUCCUGACGACGAGGUCGAGCGACGCGGUAUGAUUGCGUGGUCGCCGCCCUGGGACAUCACGGGUUGGGAGAUGUCGGAAAGGUUUCUGAGGAAAUGGGGAUGGUUGUUUGAUGGGAUCACAGGGGUGUUGGAGGCAACCAAUCGGUGGCGGAUCGAGAGAGGAGAAGAGCCACUUACUGUAACAGUAUCACAAUAG